UUCCCUCUUGUAAAACUCGGGAUAAAAAAGAGUAGAAGGCGAAAAAAAAAAGCAGCAAACAGCAACGGGUACGCACAGCCCAUCUCCACGCAAGACGCAAGCAGCAGGCGACAGCAAAUCCACAUCCAUCAUCCCUCGGCGGUGCCCCUCCUCCCCGCUGGCUGGCUGGCUGGCGCCCGUUUGUUUGUGUCUGCCUCACCUGCUCACCCCACCCCACUCCUCGUCCCCCAGACCGACCGCUACACCACUGCAUCGCGCCGGCUACGAGGCCAGAAUCGACUAAGCAAUCCUUUGUGCACGACACCGACCAUGGAGGACCAGCUAGUGCAGCUGCUGUCGGCGACCCAAACCGCCCAAGAAGCACCCCGCAAGCAGGCCGAAGAGCAACUUCACAGUCUUUACGGCCACCAAGAACUCCCAAUCGCCCUCGUCGAGAUCGCCCGCCAUGCCCAUGUGCCCAUCAAUAUACGGCAGGCUUCGCUGCUUUAUCUCAAGCAGUUGGUACUGGCUGGAUGGGGCGACAGCAUGGACACCUUCAAGGGCCGUCCCCUCGUCUCCGAACAAGACAAGCCCAAAGUCCGCCAGAUGCUCCUGGAAUUGGCCACUACCGACCAGCUCGAUCGCAAACUCAAGGCCGCAGCCAGUCUGGUCGUCAGUAAAAUUGCGAGCUCCGACUACCCUGACCAUUGGCCCGAUCUCCUGAGCAUCUUGCUCAAUCUCAUCCCGAAUGCUACCGAUGGUCAGUUGCACGGUGCCCUGAAGGUACUCGGGGAGCUGGUAGACGACUGCUUCAAUGAGGCACAGUUCUUCAGUGUCGCCAAACAACUCAUCAAAGUCGUCUACAAUGUCGCUGUCAACGACGCUCGCAAACCGACCCUCCGUGCACUGUCCUGCAGUGUGUUUCGCGGUUGCUUCGACAUGCUGGAAAUGGUGAUGGAGGACCAUAAGGCUGAAGUCAAAGGUUUUGCCGACGAGGUGUUGCAGGAAUGGAAUCCCUUCUUCAUCACAAUCAUGAAGACCAAGCUACCCGAUCCACCGUCCGAGGCUGAAGAGAACGAGGAUACUACCAACGCCGAAUUGUACCGAGGACUCGUGGCUCUAAAGCUUCAGGUCGUCAAGAUCCUCAUGCGCAUCCAUUCCAUCUUCCCUGCUGUACUGGCCCCCCAAUAUCCUGUUUUGUUCAGCGCUACGUGGGAGGAGCUGUCAUCGUUGCAGCCUGCCUAUCAUCAAAUGUAUAUCCAAGAGGAGCGUCAAAGUCGAUUGGAGGAUGCUGAUGGUUUACCAUACACUCUCGACUUCUUGGUCCUCGAAGAACUUGACUUCAUGCAAGCAUGUCUUCGCGCCCCAGCGGUCCGAUCCGAACUCGAGCAGCAGCUUCAAAACGCGGCUGCCAAUACUUCCUGGGUGUUUGAGGUCAUGAAGCUCGCGGUCGCCUAUGCACACAUCACUACCGAGGAAGAGGGACUGUGGGAUAUUGAUGUCAACAUAUUCCUCUCGGAAGAAACAAGUGUUACUGCAAAUUACACUCCUCGCACCGCUUGCGGUGAUUUGAUCAUCAAGAUCGGCGAAUGGCUCACCCAGCCUACUCUCGAGGGGUUGCUAGCUUACACGACCUCUUUGUAUUCGAACAAUGAGAGUUGGAAGGCCAAAGAGGCAGCGUUGUACGUUUUGAACCAACUGCUAAGCGACUUCCAGGACACGGAGAAAUUGAUCAGCCCUGAACACGCAACGGGGUUUAUCGACUUUGUACGCUACGCAAUGCAGCAACCCGACAAUUUUCUGAGAGCGCGAGGCUAUUUGGUAGCUGGAAGUCUCACAAGAUCAUCCGGGGACGCAUUACAGCAAUUUUCCCCCUCAUUCCUGGAAGCCUCCCUUCAGGCAAUUCCCAACGAUCAGUCUGACAUUGUGCAAGUAUCAUGCAUUCGCGCACUUCAAUACUACAUUCAGGCGCUCCCUCUAGCCACAGUCCAGCCCCUUCAACCCACCAUUAUCGCUGCCAUUUCCACCUAUCUUCAAUCUCAAGAUCUAGAAGAGCUAGCUGAUAGUGAUGACUUGAUGGCCACUCUGGUUGAAACUCUCCGAGAUGCUAUACUCUUGGACCCUCAGAUAUGUAUCACGGGAGAUGGCCUUGAUGUGCUAUUCACCGUAGCUCGGCAUACAGCAGACAACUUCCAAAUAGUCAUCAUGGUCAACGAGACAUUUGAAGAGGUCACGGAUACGAUAGCGCGCAGGGGCGGCGAUGCCUACGUCCAUCUUUGUGCAAAAGUUCUCCCAACCUUGACGGGGGCUUUUGACGUCGGCAGUCUCACCGAGGCUAGCAAUCUUACGAUUCUUGCGGCUGACCUUCUUGCGGUGCUGGCCGAUCAUGGUCCUGAGCCUCUCCCCGCUGGAUUUGUACAGGCUUCCAUGCCGAAGCUAACUAGUCUUCUGCUCAAUUCCGAAGAUGAAGAGCUUCUUAGGUCGGCUACCAAAGCUCUGAAGAGCAUUGUUGCACACGACCACCAACAGCUCUUUGAAUGGAGGGAUGAAUCUAGCAAAGCGGGACUCGAGGUUGUACUACUCGUCAUUUCUCGUCUGCUCUCUGCUGGAGUGAAUGAUGUUGCUGCAAGCGAAGUUGGCGCACUCGCCGCUGAAUUCGUCGAGAAAGCUGGCCAUGAGAGGUUGGGUCCCUAUCUCGAGAAAUUGCUACGCACAGUAGCAGUAAGGCUCGGGUCGGCGGAACACUACCCAUUCAUUCAGAGCUUGACUUUGGUCUUUGCCAGAUUGAGCUUGAACCAUGCUUCAGAAGUCGUCGAGUUUCUAGCGACACAGAACAUCGAUGGACAGAACGGCUUGCAAGUAGUACUUGCAAAGUGGUUGGAGAAUUCGAUAAAUUUCACUGGGUACGAUGAGAUUAGACAAAAUGUCAUUGCCCUCUCCAAACUCUAUGAUCUUAAGGAUCCUAGACUCGCGGCUGUUCAAGUAAAAGGUGAUUUGAUCCCCAGCAAUGAUAGCCGCAUAAGAACACGUAGCCGUGCCCUUCAAAAUCCAGACCAAUACACAGUCAUACCUGCAACCAUCAAAAUCUUGAAGGUGCUCAUUGUAGAGCUUCAGUCGGCAGCUGGAGCACAUCAAGAGCUUGAUGCUUCAGCGGCCGCUGAGCUUGCGGAAGAAAACCCUGAUGAUGACGAGUGGGAAGAUGAAAUAAAUCCGUUUAUUGAUCUGGGCAGCAAGUUGAGCAAAGAGCAGCUCAUGGCAUAUGCAGCCGACGACGCGCCUGGUGGAGGUCGCCAAAAAGACGACGAGACACAGGCUUUCAUCGUUGACUUUUUCAGAAGAGCACAUGCAACACCUGAAUUUACGGCAGAGUUUGAGGCGCUCACAGACGAAGAGCGAACCCGUUUGAGAGAGAGCGCAGCUUGA